UUUCUGAAUACUUUCAUAUGUUUACAAGAUGGCGUCCGGCAGCAAAUCUCAAGGUCCAUCAAUUGGCGUAAGAUCAUUUUAUGGGCGAAAACCUGUCGGCGUUAACCGAGUACAACCAUUUGUAAAUGUUAGGGGUAUUCCUGAACCAAACGAAUCUUCUGAUGACGAUCUUGAUUCAGACAGCGAAAAUGAAUAUUACAAUGCUGCAAACCAACAAGAUUUAAUAAUUGAGUCAACGUCAUCAGAAUAUGAUGACUCAUCAAGUGACAGCGAUGACAAUUUGGCACUGAGUUCGAUUGAGGCUACCUCGAAAAAAACAGCGACGGAUGCAAAAAAAACAACUGCUGCUGCAAAAAAAAAGAUACCGAUUAAUUGGAAGAAAAAGAAUCUUGAAGUAAAGGAGAACUAUGAGUUUAAAGUUGACUACCAAAAUGAACUAGAUGAUGAUUUGGAGGGUCUUGGAUCAGAGCUUUCGUAUUUUUUCUACCUUUUCCCAAAAGAUUUGAUCGAAGAUAUUGCACGCCAAACUGUUUUAUAUUCAGUUCAAUCACGUCCAGAAAAACCUGUUGAUAUCACAGAAGGUGACAUUCAGAAAUUUAUUGCGUGUGUUUUAUAUAUGUCAAUCGUCAAGUUACCGAGUACUCGAGAUUACUGGUCGUCCUCGAUCGGUAUUCCCCAAGUAGCAAAAGUGAUGACAGUCAACCGCUUUGAAGAAAUAAAACGUUUUAUUCAUUUUAGUGAUAAUGCUACUGCUGAUAAAACUGACAAAAUAAAUAAAAUUCGCCCACUGGUUAACAAAUUAAAUGAGCAACUUCGAACAAUACCUAUUGAAGAAAGUUUAGCUGUUGACGAACAGAUUGUCCCCUUCAAAGGGCGGCAUUCCAUCAAACAAUAUAACCCUAAGAAACCACAUAAAUGGGGCUUCAAAGUUUUCGUUUUGAGUGGCGUUUCAGGCUUUAGUUAUAAUUUUGAAGUUUUUACUGGUAGAGCAGAUAAUGUAUGUGCCCAAAAUGAGCCUGAUCUUGGUGCAAGCAGUAACGUUGUCGUACGAUUAGCACGAGUUAUUCCUGAAAACUGUAAUUACAAACUUUAUGUUGAUAAUUGGUUCAAUAGUAUUCCACUAAACGUGUAUAUGUAUACAAAAGGUAUACAAAUGGUAGGGACAGUUCGUCGUAACCGAAUAGGAAAAUGUCCAGUAUCGUCAGAUAAAGAAAUAAAAAAGAAAGGUCGCGGAACUCAUGAAGAACGUGUCGCAACAAUAGAUGAUGUUGAUGUCUGCGUUGUCUCGUGGUUUGAUAAUAAGGUGGUAACCCUGCUAUCUAAUUUUGUUGGUAGCGAACCAACAAGAUAUGUCAAGAGGUUUUCAAAAAAAGAAAACAAACAUAUCGAGAUACCGUGCCCAAACCUUGUUACGAUUUAUAACAAAGAUAUGGGAGGCGUAGACUUUUUAGAUUCGCUUUUAGGGUAUUACCGCAACAAAAUCCGGUCGAAAAAGUGGUAUCACAGAAUUUUCUUCCACUUAAUUGAUAUGAUGGUAGUCAAUGCUUGGAUUUUAUGGAGAAACCAAGAUCCAAAUGUGCCUUUAGUAAAGUUCAAACUAGCUGUUGCUGAUUUAUUGUGCCAUUACCAGAAAACUCCAAAUAGAAAGCGUGGUCGACCAUCAAUUGAUAAUGGCGUUGACCGUCUGGGACCUAAAACACCAAUGCCCCAUCAGGAGGUUCGUACCGAUAAAUUUGCUCACUGGCCUGUAUUCAAUGAUUCUCGCACUCGCUGCAAAUACCAGAAAUGCUCUACAUUAACCUAUGUAUGUUGUGAGAAAUGUAAUGUCGCUUUAUGUUUAAAUAAGGACAGGAAUUGUUUUAAGAAAUUCCAUACAUGAUUUUAACAGAGUGCUUGAGUGGAGUAACAUUUACUAAUUAUAAUAUUUAUACUGUAUAAUAUAUGUUUUGAUCUUCGAUUGACAUAACUUUUCCAUUUAUUUUUACCCGUUUUCCACCUUGUGCUGCCAACUGGCCACCAGCAGGUGGUGUUCACCAAUUCUGACAUUUGGUCCUUUUAGGAAAAAAAUUUGAAAUGAUAAAAUUUUCAAUUCAUAUACGAGUUUGAGGCAAUUUUUGGCCUUUUUUAGCUUUUAAAACACUUUUUUCCCAAAAAUU